AAAUCCGAACACGCGAGAUGGAAGCAGCUUUCACGAGGGCAUAGUCCACGUGAAGCUCGACAGCGACAAGGAGACCGCAGGAGAAAGGCUUCGCCACCAGCUGGGUGCCCCCGGCCACGUUGAGGUCGAGGAGGCCUUGAAGCAGGCGGCAAAGACGCUGGGCCGCCUGCCCAUCGUCGUCUUGGAGAUACCCCGGCAAGUGAGUGAUAUGAAAGUUCUCGCCAGUUGCUCUGGCCUCGCUAAGAGUUGGGUGGUGGUUUUGGCGAGCAGUGCCUCCAUGGCACUGAGCUUUGACGCGGAUGCGCGCGAAGUUCGGUGCCAGAUCGCAUCGCUGAGUGAGGAAGAGUGCAAGCAGCAGGAGGUCCGGGAGUUCCUCCAGCACCACGGGGGAGAUGCCGCUGUGGAGCACAAGGCCGAGCUGCUGCACCUCACGGGCGGCAAUGUGGGCAAGCUGGAGGAGCUCGCCAAGAACCUGAAAGCGCAGACCUUCGAGCAGGUCCGGCAGGAAGCCAUCGGCGAGCAGGAGCAGCAGAUCCUGGACUUCCUCGGCAUCGAUGUGCAGGGCGGCUUUGGCCCAGAAAAGCUCAAGGCUGCCAAGGAGGUGGCGCGCCGUGUGGCCGACGCGCCGUUUCACCAGUGUGUGAGGGCCAAGGAAUUUCAUGGCCGUUUCAAGAGCAAACACCUAGCACAGGCGGUGAAAGCACAAGGUGCCCACUGCAUCUACGUCAAGGCCACCACUAAGGCCGAUGAGCGGUUUUGUGCAGCAUCGCCAUCCGUGCACGCUCUGCUCAAGCAGAUG